AUGCUGACGUCGUGGCUCGCUCUCGGACUCUUGUCCAUCUCGAGCAUCGCCAAUGCCAACGGCAUUGACGAAUACGAUGCCCGUGCCCAAGCAAUCGUCGACAGCUUCUCGGCUGCCCAAGUGAUUGGCCAAAUGACGCAGCUGACGCUGGGGGAAGUCAUGAACGAGACCUCCCGAGAGCUCAAUGAGGAUGUUGUGCGUGAAUACGCGCGCCUCAACGUCGGGUCAUACCUGAACUCGUUCUUCAGCGGGCCUGUCAAUGGGGCCUAUAGCUACACCGCCUCGGAGUUCCGCUCCCUUAUCGGGCGCAUCCAGAAUAUCACCAUGGAAGUCAAUGGCGGGCACCCGAUCAUCUACGGCAUUGACUCGGUGCACGGGGCGAGUUACGUCAGUGGGCCCGUCUUGUUCCCGCACCAGAUCAACAGUGGCGCGAGUUUCAACCCCGACCUGGUCUACGAAAUGGCUCGGAUCACUGCUCGGGACACGGAAGCUGCUGGCAUCCCGUGGAUCUUUGGCCCCAUUCUCGACCUCUCGCAGAACAAGAUGUUCGCCCGCACCCAUGAGACGUACGGUGAAGACCCGUACCUUGCCUCGGUUCUAGGUGUCGCCCAUGUCCAAGGACUCCAGAGUUACAACCAGACGGCAGCUUGCAUCAAGCACUUUAUCGCGUACUCGAAAACCCCAACGGGUCAGGACCGUGACGGUGUCCUCGUCUCGGACUUUGAGCUGCUGAACGACCACAUGCCUCCUUACAAAGCUGCUAUUGACGCUGGGGCUCUAUCCGUGAUGGAGAACUACAUCUCGCUGAACGGGGAACCGGUGGUUUCCAGCACCAAGAUCCUGAACGACUUGCUUCGUCAUGAUAUGGGAUUCAACGGCGUGCUCUUGACAGACUGGAACGAGAUCUACAACCUGUACGAUUUCCACCGCACUGCUCCUUCCCGGGAAGAAGCCGUAGCCGUCUCGCUGAAGCAAACGUCCAUUGACAUCAGUAUGGUGGCUGAGGACACGGAGUUCAUCGGAUACGCUCUCAAGAUGCUGAAGGAGAACCCGGAGCAAGAAGCGCGUCUCCGCGAGUCGGUGAAACGUAUCAUCAAGCUCAAGCUCAAGCUCGGACUAUACGAAACACCAGUGCCGGGUGAACAGUACGUUUCGAUGGUGGGUAAUGAAAAGGACCGAGAGGUUGCUCUGGAACUUGCCCGUGAGUCGAUUGUGCUGCUGUCGAACCGGGACAAUGUCUUGCCUCUACCGAAGAACGCGUCGGUGUUUAUCACCGGUCCAUCCUCGGACAACAUUGGCUACCAAUGUGGUGGCUGGACGUAUGCGUGGCAGGGGUACUCGGGCAAUGAGAUGUUCCCUAACGGCACCUCGGUCCGUAAGGGUGUUGAGAAUCUCAUUGGCAACAGCUCCGUCUCGUAUUUCAACGGCCUUGAUAUUGAUGGUAACAUCAAUGCGACCAACUUGGCUGAGACUGUUCGACUCGCUCGUCAGCACGAGUACACAAUUGCUGCUAUCGGGGAACCGAAUUACACGGAGAAAGCGGGGGACAUUAAUGACCCGGCCUUACCUGAGGGAAUGGAGGAUUUCAUCGAAGCACUUGCUGCCAACGGAACGAAGGUCAUUGUCGUGCUGCUUGGAGGUCGCCCGCGUCUGCUUGGAUCGAUCCCGGACAACGCUCAUGCCAUUAUCGAUGGCUUCCUGCCGUGUGAAGCUGGUGGCCAAGCGAUUGCAGAGAUCCUGUUUGGUGAAGUAAACCCAAGCGGAAAGCUGCCGAUUACGUACCCAAAGCACCCCGCGACCGUCGCUUUUACGUACAACCAUCUCGUGACGACGCGCUGCAGGUGGGGCGAUUGUGAGGUGCAGUGGGAAUUCGGCACUGGUCUCAGCUACACGCAGUUCAACUAUUCGUCCGUCGUGAUCGACAAGAAUUUCAUCGGCACGUCUGUUGAGACUUUGACUGCUUCUGUGACGGUCACGAACACUGGUACCCGUGCUGGUAAGGAGACUGUCAUGUUGUUCCUCACCCAACCUAUCCGCAGGAUCUCGGUGCCCAACACGAAGAUGCUGAAGAAGUUCAAGAAGAUCGACCUGCAGCCGGGUGAGUCCAUGGAGGUGUCGUUCACGCUGUCGUCAGCCGACUGGGGAGUGUACAAGCCAGUGAUUGGAUCGGGUCUCCAGCGGAGCGUGGAGGAUACCGCGUACGUCGUGGCUGUCAAACCAGACACGCGCUGUGACGUGUACACGAACUUCAGCAUCCCGAUGCAGCUCUCGAACCCGUUGUGCGCGUCGUUUGUUGUCAACCUGAGCGGCCGCAAUAUCACCACCGGGAACGCGCAGGCCUCGUCCGGCGGCAUUGCUAUGGGAGCCCCUGUGGAUCCGAGCUCGCCUUUGUUGGCCCCUACUGCGCCAUAG